AUGUCCUCCGCGGCGUCGGUUUACCACGAAGAGCUGCUCCAUCUUGAGGGCGACCUCACCCAUCAACUCCACGGGCUGGGCCGCGCACCGGCCGCGGAUUUCCCUUCCCCCCCUCUCCUCGAGUCACGUCUCACUGUGCGGGAUGGCCUCGCGCGGCUAGGGAUGCUUGGCCAGGCGCUGCGCCUGGAGAUGGGGCAGCUGGGAGCGUCGGAGAUGUCGCGCUACGCUACACUCGCCGCCUCGCACGACCGCGCGCGAGCGGUCCUGCAGGCUCAGUGGCAUGCCAUGACGUCACGGGGCAACCCGGACGGGGGUUCGAAUCCCACCUGUGACACUUUUCCUCCCAUUCUGGACAGCGAGCCCGUGGGGUGGCUGCAGCGGGUUGGGGCCCUGCAGCACGGCGCGCUUGCGUCCUUGCAGGAGACGGAGCGGAAGCUGCACCAGACGGAGGGGGUCGCCGCGGAGGCCUCGACGCUGCUGGGCGGGCAGACGGCGCAGAUCCGGCACGCCCACGAGGGCCUGCAUGACGCGGGGACGACCCUCCGCCAGGCCAGUCGGGAAUUGCGGGCGUUUAUGCGGCGAACGGCGCGCGAUCGCGUUGUGGUGUCGCUGGCGGUUCUGGUCUUGUUGGGUCUCAUGGCAUUGGUAGCGGUGUCGAUUGCCAAGAACACGGGGUACUUCUAA